AUGUUCUUUUCUUUUUCUGCAUUGUGUUAUAUCUUGUCCGUCUUGCCCUCGGCGACGGGGCUGCGUCAAGUUAGGCACGACGCCAACUUCCAACCAGACUAUGUCCUUCGAGUCACUGAACAGACCAUCGCCGUUGCAUGCAGGACAAGACUUUCAGCCGUUGUGAAUGGGACUUCUCCUGGCCCUCCGAUCUAUCUGAAAGAAAACCAAACAACUUGGAUAAGGGUAUACAAUGACUUUGCAUCGGAAAACUUGACUAUGAAGCAUUGGCAUGGUUUAAGUCAGUCAGUCGCGCCUUGGUCAGAUGGAACACCACAGGCAAGCCAGUGGCCAAUCAAGGCUCAGCAUUUCUUUGACUACGAGAUACGACCUCAGAUUGGAGAAGCUGGCUCGUACUUAUAUCAUUCUCACGUUGCUUUCCAGGCAGUGUCUGCUGCGGGACCUAUUAUUAUCGAAGAAGUAGACGGGCAACACCCGUACGAUUAUGACGACGAGAAGAUAAUAUUUCUCUCCGAACUUUUUAAUUUAACGGACGCAUCCGUUAACAAAAUGUUAACCGCCCCCUAUGAGGACUUUGGAUGGCCCGGAGAUGCAGAAUCAAUUCUCGUCAAUGGAAAAGGCUAUGCCAGUCUUCUCCCCGACGAAACCCUAACCCCUCGCCCAUGGUCAAGCCCAGACCCUUCAGCAGAGAAGCCCUGUGGCCCUGAGAUUAUCGAAGUUGAACCGGACACGAUAUACCGAUUCCGCACCAUUGGUGGAGUCGCCCUUAGCCCUUUAGUCUUUCAGCUUCAAGACCACGACAAUUUGACCAUUAUUUCUGCCGAUGCGAGAUAUACCCAACCCGCCAGCACUGACUUGAUCCAAAUGGGAGCAGGACAGAGAUAUGACUUUAUCAUUCAUACAAAGACAGAGGAAGAGCUCCGCAGUUUGGGCAGAAGCAUGUUCUGGAUGCAAAUAGAACCGCGCUAUCGUGAUAUAAACAGCACGUCUUAUGCUAUUUUGUCCUACAAAACCGAUCUUGGCUUCAAUAGCACGGUACCGUCGUCUGCGCCACCCGAAACUCCUAUUGACAUCCCUUUUAACAAUCAAUACUGGAUGGAAUACACCUUGCAACCCCUACAACCAAAUGGUUUCCCAAGUGCUAAACAAGUCACACGGCAAGUCUUUCUAGCGUCGUCCCAACUAAUUUCAAAAAGCGGUUUCUCCUGGACGGUAAGCAAUCGUACCUGGACCGAGAAUAAUGAACACGAAGACGACACACCAUACAACAACACUAAUUCCACACCCAAUACCCCGUACUUGGUCGAUAUAUACAGGCGUGGUGAAGCAGCCAUUCCAGACUACAACAAGGCAGUUCAAGAGUACGGAGGGUGGGACCCUGACUUCAAUGUCUAUCCUGCCAAAGUGGGAGAGGUGGUUGAUAUCAUUCUUAUCAACGAGCCAAAUGGCAUUGCUGGUGGGUUUGAUGCCCAUCCAUGGCAUAUCCACGGAGAUCACGUAUACGACCUUGGCAGCGGCCCUGGAACGUACAAUGCGACAGAGAACGAGGAAAAGUUGACAGGAUACAACCCUAUUCAGCGAGACACCAGCCUGCUAUUCAAAUACGUUUUGGGAAACGAUAUUGGAACGGGGCACGAUUACACAAGUCAAGGAUGGAGGGCAUGGCGAGUCAAAAUUCAGAACCCAGGUGUGUGGAUGGUGCAUUGCCAUAUUCUUCAACAUAUGAUUAUGGGUAUGCAAUCUGUAUGGGUAAUGGGAAAUGCAUCUGAGAUCACUCAUGGCACCACGCCUGAUCUUGUCCAGGGAUAUCUUACAUAUGGAGGAGAUGCAUACGGAAAUUCAACUCAUAAUCCUCUGGUCAACCACUAUUAUGAGGAUUAA